CGAGCGUCGUCUAACUAUAGCCCCCGAGCUACGACUAUAUAGAAAUUUUGAAGCGAGUAUCAAACGGAAAAUCGCCAAUAAGCUUAUCCACAUUUCUCUAAAACUACCACUAGACUAUUCUAACGAGCAGCCUUUUGUAUUUGUUUUGUUGUUGUAAUACGAUCGCUAAAUGACGCGCUUUCCUGCUCUCAAUUAUCUGUGCUACUCGCUUGCUGCUAAAUUUUGGAUAAAAAAUCCAAACAAAAACUACGCAAAUAAACUACAAGUUUCGUUUAAAUUAUAAGCUUUAACUCUAACGAAUGCAGUGUGGCAGCAAAAUGUGGCACAUAUUGUUGCAUAUUGUAAUUAGCUGCCGUGAAAAUGUUACCUAGACCAAAUGUAAAUGUAACAAAAAGAAUAACUUUUGAUAGCUAAAAACAUAUGUUGUUGGCUUGGUGUUUAAUAUUUUUAUGUUGUUGCUGUGCCAAACAUUUUGUAAAAUAAAACACAAAAGCAACAAGACGUGAAACUGGAUUAUCGAAUAGAUGCGAAAAUGGACGACGAGAGCGAUGACAAGGAUGACACGAAAAGUCUUCUUUGCAGAAAGUCACGCAAUCUUAGCGAGAAGAAGCGUCGCGAUCAAUUCAAUUCGCUGGUGAAUGAUCUCAGCGCUUUGAUAUCCACCUCCAAUCGCAAAAUGGACAAGUCCACGGUGCUCAAAUCAACAAUUGCCUUUCUCAAGAAUCACAAUGAGGCUACGGAUCGCUCGAAGGUGUUUGAGAUACAACAAGACUGGAAGCCCGCAUUUCUAACGAACGAUGAGUUUACGCAUUUGAUGCUGGAGUCCCUGGAUGGCUUUAUGAUUGUGUUUAGCUGCAUGGGUUCCAUAUUCUAUGCGUCGGAAAGUAUUACCUCGCAGUUGGGCUACUUGCCGCACGAGCUGUGCAGCAUGAGCAUCUAUGAUCUGGUCUACGAAAUGGACCAUGAGGCGCUGCUCAACAUAUUCUUGAAUCCCACGCCUGUGAUAGAGCCACGCCAAACGGACAUCGGUUCGAGCAAUCAGAUAACCUUCUAUACGCAUCUGAAGCGCGGCGGCAUUGAGAAAGUCGAUGCGAAUUGCUAUGAGCUGAUUAAAUUUGUGGGUUACUUUCGUAACGAUGCGCAUACGCCCAUGGAGCGGGACAGCGGCGGUUCGAGCGGCUCGAGUGGCAGCAGCUUGCCGCGCAUCUUUCAGCUGAACCCCAAAGUGGAGGUGGACAAGCGUCUGGUGUUUGUGGGCACCGGACGCAUACAGACGCCGCAGCUGAUCAGAGAAAUGAGCAUCAUCGACCCCACCAGCAAUGAGUUCACCUCGAAGCACAGCAUGGAGUGGAAGUUUCUGUUUCUAGAUCAUCGCGCACCACCCAUUAUAGGCUACAUGCCCUUCGAGGUGCUGGGCACCUCGGGCUACGACUACUAUCACUUCGAUGAUCUGGACAGCAUUGUGGCCUGCCAUGAGGAAUUGCGUCAGACGGGCGAGGGCAAGUCCUGCUAUUAUCGCUUUCUCACCAAGGGUCAGCAGUGGAUUUGGCUGCAGACGGACUACUAUGUGAGCUAUCACCAGUUCAACUCCAAGCCGGACUAUGUGGUCUGCAAUCACAAGGUUGUCAGCUAUGCCGAGGUCAUACGCCAGAAUCAAAAGGAGCGGCGUCAGGACAGCAGCAAACAGUCGCUCAAUACUACCUCCAAUAGCAGCAAAUGCGUCUCGGCAACGACUACGCUGCGUGACUUUGAGCUGUCCAACUCGCAUCAACUGGACAGCACGCUGCUGGGCCAAAGUCUUGCCAAUCUGAGCAAUGAGGCUGCCGCCGCUUCUGCUGCUGCCACCGCUGCUGCUGCCGCCGCUGCUGCUGCUGCUACUGCUGCCACCGUGCCCAACUCACCCACUGUGGACUCCUCGCCCAUGUGGUCGACUGGCGUGGCAGCGCCUGCCUCCAGCAGCUGCAUAAAUAAUACGCUAAAGAGCUCACGACCCGCCUCCAGUUAUGGCAACAUUAGUUCCACCGGCAUCUCGCCCAAGGCCAAGCGUAAAUGCUACUUCUUCAACAACAAUCGCGGCAACGAAUCCGACUCCACGUCCCUCUCCGCAGACUCGGUGACCAGCCGCCAAUCACUCAUGACGCACGUCAGCUCGCAAGGUCCCCGCCAGCAUCAUCACAAUCGUGAAUCGCAAGCGCAUCUGCAUCAACAGCAGCAGCAGCAGCAGCAGCAGCAGCAACAUGCACAGCAGCAGCAGCAACUGCAACAGCAGCAGCAACAGCAGCAGCAGCAACAUGCACAACAGCAGCAGCUGUCGCAUCAACAGCAACUGCAUCAGCAGCAGCUGCAGCAGCUGCAACAGACUGUGGCACAGCCCAAAAUAGUGCCCAUGCUGCCGCUGGCGCCCACACAAAUCGUCACCAGCAAUGCCUGCCAGUUUCCUCCCGUGCCCAACUACAGUCCACAGCUACUACAGGCACCCAGUUUCCUGGAGCCGCCACAGUAUUUAGCUGCCAUACCCAUGCAGCCAGUGAUGGCGCCGUUCCAAGUGAGCACAGCACAGUCGUCGCAGCAGGCGCAUCCGCCCCAAACGGAUUUGAUGUCGGGCACAGUGGUAAUGACGGCCACGCAGAGUCAGCUGCAGGAGCAGCUGCAACGCAAGCACGACGAGCUGCAGAAACUGAUCUUCCAGCAGCAGGACGAGCUGCGCAUGGUCUCGGAGCAGCUGCUGCUGGCGCGCUAUACGUACAUUCAGCCCAUAAUGCCCAUGGGCUUUGCAUCGGCAACUACUGCCGCCGGCAAUAUGCCGCGCAAUUAUAACUUUAGCAGCAACAGCAAUACGGUGGAGCCGCAGUUCAAUCAGUAUGGCUUUGCUCUGAACUCGGAGCAAAUGCUGAAUCAGCAGGAUCAGCAAAUGAUGAUGCAGCAACAGCAGCAUCUGCAGAACCAGCAACAUCAGCAGGUUCAUCAGCUGCAGCAGCACAAUCAGCAGCAGCACCAGCAGCAGCAACAACAACAGCAGCAGCAACAACAACAGCAGCAACAACAGCAGCAGCAGCAGCACCACCACCAGCAACACCAGCACCAACAGCAAAGCAGCAAUAUGUUAUCAUGCGAGGAUAUAGAAGAUAUAGACGCGUUUCUCAAUCUAUCGCCGUUGCAAGCGUUGGGCACACAGUCCUCAAUACAGCAGCUGGGUAGCAGCAACAACAACAACAACAAUAACCACAACAGCAGCAACAACAACAACAGCAACAAUGCAGCACAAAGUUACAGCAAUAACAACCACAACAACAACAAUUCGAAUGUGCCACAAAACACAAAUGAGGAUUCUUUAUUAUCUUAUGUGCAAAUGGCUACACAGUCAAGUCCCUCGCUUAACUUUCACAUGGGCAUUAGCGACGAUGGCUCCAACCAAAGCGACGAUAACAAAUUGCAACAGCAGCAGCAACAGCAGCAGCAGCAGCAGCAACAAGCCAAUAGCUUUUUCAAUUCAUAUCAAAAUCCAAGCCAAUCGCAGCUGCCCAAUGAGCUGGAAAUCUUACCAUAUCAAAUGUCACAGGAGCAAUCGCAGAAUCUAUUCAAUUCACCGAGCGCUUCGGGCAGCAAUCAGGAUCAGCUUUAACAGCAAUUUGGCAUUCCUUAAAGUGAAGCUAACGUUACCUAUUUAUGUUGUAUUAUAUAAAAAGCUCAAUUGAAUUAUAAGGCAGCUAGCACUCUCUCUCUAACUAACUAACUAAUCUAUCUAACUAGUUGUAGCUCGCAAACAGACUGAGUAUGGUAAAUAAGUUUAGGUUGAGCUUAGUUAACAAUUAGCAAUGUUUUGUUUAGUUAAGUGCCAAAGGAUCUCUUAGUUGUAACAAGCACUUUAAUUUUAAUUUGUUUUUAAUUUUAAGACUGCGCCUUGUUUGCUUGCACUAGUUUACAAAUAAAACU